GCUGACUACUUCCGGGUCACCUACUUCCUGGAUCAUUUUGUUGUUGCCUGUAACUCGUACAGUUUUGCUAGGAAAUAUUGUUUCAUAAACGUGUCGCAGUUAUGUAGAAAGCUUACUAACAGAAGACCAGCAGGCCCUCCAUGAGCCGUGUGUGUCCCCGUGAGGAACGAGUGGACUGAGAGACAGAGAGAGACAGAGAGAGAAAGAAAGAGAGAGAGAGGGAGAGAAUGUGGCAGAGUCUGGGCUUGACUGUGCUGGUCAUCGUGGCCACUCUCAUCUGUGUGCUGCUCUUCAUGCUCUUCGGUUGGUACGUGGUGUGGCAGCUCUUCCUGUCCAAGUUUAAAUUCCUGCGAGAGCUGGUCGGGGACACGGGCUCGCCACAGGCCGAAACGGAACCCUCGGAAUCGGAGAGCGAACGCAGCUCCCCUCCGACGCCCCGCCAUCGAGCCAAACCCGCACGCCAAAGAGUCGCUUUUCCAAGCAGCACUACGUAAAUUUCAAGAAAACACUUUCGAGCUCCGAAAUGAAAUUGAUGAACGAGCCACUCAGAAAGCACUUGCCCCUUUUAGACCUUGCCAAAAAUAACAAAGAAAGGGGUGCCAAGCAAAAUUUAAAUGCUUAAUAUCGAUGUGUAUAGUUGUAGUCUAUACAGCAUUUUCCUUGACUAAAAUUACAGCUUCUCUUCUCUCUCCCUGUCUUCACCUCUUCCUUUUCUUUCUUUAGUUUUAUUCCAUUGUCAGAAAGGCACUGUGUAAAUAACUUAGUGUUCAGUUAGAAGAGAGUUCUUCUUCGCAGAUCACAUCCAGGACCUUACAGCUAUCAAACCGUCAAACCGUCCUCGUCUAUUUAUCUGUUUCGAGACUGUGUACAGUCGAAAGACAAAGUGGACAGUUGAAAGACGAACUACAUUUUACGAUUUUCCGUUUCCGAAGCGGCUCGGGCAGGCCUGCUACUCCUCGUUCGACUGACUUGCCAUCAUGCUGCUAAACCAUUUCAUACAGGUAACCGCACACGGGCUGCUAGGUGAGAGGGAACCGUAAAAGGAGACGUAAACAAUGCUCUGAAGCUAAACAUCUGAAGCAAACUGACAAAACAGUCUGACUUUAUUUACAUUCAACUCUUUUAGACAUCUGAUGUGCAAUGCAAGGAGGAAUGUACCAAUCAGCUAGCAGAAAAUAGGCCCCACACCUCCGCAAUGAAACGUUUCCAGGCUAACCUUGGGUUCCACAUGCGAUACAGGGGUUGGAGCUUUGUGACGCCACUCAUAUAGGAUUCAUUUGUUGUUUUCUUUAACCAUGCUAAAGAUUAAUAUUAAUAAAUCAGAUCUGUUACUAGUCGACUCCACUCCUUCUGAGCUCGCCCAGAAUGAGCCAACUCCACUGAAACAGCGUAAAGCAGCAUGGAAGCUGUUAUAUUUUAUGUUUUAGGAUCAUUUCUGUUAUGGCAACAGCUGUAUUUUUCCCUUCACAAUAAAAGUAUUGGAUAAAACCUU